AUAGUCCGUCCGAAGCCAACCCAGAUUUCCUCGAACAAAAAUAAACGUCUCGUAUCUUCCCGUCUCGGCUCCCUCGUCGUCUCCUUCGGAACCCAAGCGGAAGCCGAGGCCUCUGCACCCGAGGCCUACCCAGGAGGGCCUAGCCGCGAUCUGCCCGCCCCCGCCGACUCCAAAGGGAAGGACCAGUAUGCUCCGCAGCGAAGUGCUGCAGAAUACUAAAGAGAGUUUGAUCAUAUUAAGGAAGCACGAAAGAAGAUCUACUCCUCAGUUUCGGAAUCCUGGAAUUCUCUAGCUUGUAGAAGAACAAAGCCUGGAUUUUAACUGAAGAGGACAGACCACAGGAUUAUUUCCCAAAAUUACGGUCUUUGGCAUUAUGGCACCGAAAAACAUGAUCCGCUUCCUUUUGGUCCUGAUCCAUGCGAGCAGUUGUUUGGGUAGAUCAGGGAAAAUGUUUUCUCCUGGCUUCAUUUCAGCGGCAAAGUCAUUACCAAGCUGGCCGAUUUUCAGUGCAGGAAUAUCUGUAACUGUUGCACUUGUUCUGUCCUUGUUUCUAACUUUGGAGCAUCUCUGUGCAUAUCAUCAACCGGAGGAGCAGAAGUUCUUGGUUGGUCUCAUUCUGAUGGUUCCAGUGUAUGCUGUUCAAUCAUUCUUCUCGUUACUGAAUUCAAAGGUUGCAUUCGUCUGUGAGCUGAUGCGGGACUGUUAUGAAGCAUUAGCAAUGUAUUGCUUUGAGAGAUAUUUGAUAGCAUGCUUAGGUGGGGAGGAAAGUACCAUCAGAUUCAUGGAGGAUCAGUUUCAACCAAGUGACAGUUCUCCUCUGCUAGAUGUUGAUUAUGAUUAUGGUAUUGUGAAACAUCCUUUCCCACUGAACUGGUUUAUGAGAAAUUGGUACCUCGGUCCUGACUUUUACUAUGCUGUGAAGAUUGGGAUUGUGCAAUAUAUGAUACUGAAGCCUAUUUGUGCUGUCUUAGCAAUUUUUAUGCAACUUCUUGGAAUCUAUGGAGAAGGGAAAUUUGGGUGGAAAUAUGGGUACCCAUAUUUGGCUGUUGUCCUUAAUUUCAGCCAGACAUGGGCAUUAUACUGUCUUGUACAGUUCUAUACUGCUACCAAGGAGAAGCUGGAACCUAUUAAGCCCCUGUCUAAGUUUCUAACUUUCAAGUCUAUUGUAUUUUUGACAUGGUGGCAAGGUAUUGCUGUUGCAUUCCUGUUUUCAACUGGGCUUUUUAAAGGACAUUUGGCACAGAGUUUGCAAACACGUAUUCAGGAUUAUAUAAUAUGUCUUGAGAUGGGGGUAGCUGCAGUGGUUCAUUUGAAAGUAUUUCCAGCUAAGCCAUACAGACGUGGGGAGAGAAGUGUUCCCAACGCUGCUGUCAUGUCUGAUUAUGCAUCCCUGGGCGCACCAGACCCUGAGGAAGAAAGAGACAUUGACAAGUUAACAAUCAUGGAGACUGCUCGUCCUGAUUCCAGAGAGAGGCGACUGAGUUUUCCUCAGAGUGUUCGUGAUGUAGUGUUAGGAAGUAGUGAAAUUAUGGUCGAUGAUGUCAAAUACACCGUCUCCCACGUCGUGGAACCUAUGGAGCGCAGGUUCACAAAGAUAAACAAGACACUCCACCAAAUAUCUGAGAAUGUCAAGCAUGAAAAGCAGAAGAGGAAGGCGAAGGACGAUAGCCAUCUCAUACCCCUGGAAUCACGGUCCGAGGAAUUUUCAGAAGCUCAUGACCAGGUUUCGGGUGGUAGUUUUAGUGACAGUGGAUUAGCUAGGAAAAGGUACAGCAGACUUCGCAGGUGGUUCUAGCAGUCUGGUGGUGGGUUUUGACGAACAAGGGGGCUAACCUUUACCCACAGGUAGAAGUUUAUACAUCAUAGGACAUACUGAGGCAAGACAGUGCCGAAUUCCGGUGACUAAUAGUGCGCAGGAGGAUGGCUUCGGAGCUUUAAUUCGAGUCCCUAGUUCCUCUUGUUUAUAGCUGACCCUGGCCCUUGUCACUUUCAGGAGGCAGUUGUUGCAUGGGUUUUUCUGUGAGAGAGGCCAUGUUUAGUUCAGGCAGAAAUAUUAGGUUCCGAUAAUUACUGAAUGUGAUCCUCCCUGUACUUCUUUUGAUUAACUUGCAUUGAAGGGAGAAAACUUUUUGCUGUAAACGACCGAGACCUACCCUGUUGAUCUAUUUGACAACAGAUCUGCAACUGAACAAAUGCUUCUACCUCUGAAGUGAUUCGUAUGGUCAUCGUCAAGUAUAUAUACCAGUUCGAAGUUCCAUUGUCUCAAC